AAACAAAACUAACUUCACACUUCUUCGUCUGGAUUUGAUUGCUCUUUCGUCGACAGAUAACCGGGGUAGAGUAAUGGCAACGGCGGAUUCUACAACCUCCAACCCGAACACCGAUUCCGAUUCAGACUCUAAUGAAAACCCUAAUCCUAACUCUAGCACCAGUCCCGACUCUUCUGGCGCUUUAGUUCCGGCCCUUUCUUCCAGCCCCGCCGUUUGCCUCAUGAGCUUUGUCGGUGACUCUGCCGCCGGUGCCUUCAUGGGCUCUGUAUUCGGCUACGGUUCUGGAUUGAUCAAGAAGAAAGGCUUAAAAGGAUCAUUUGCAGACGCGGGAUCAUAUGCUAAGACAUUUGCAAUUCUCUCUGGAGUACACGGUUUGGUUGUCUGCUUUUUGAAGAGGCUGAGAGGAAAGGAUGAUGUCAUCAAUGCUGGAGUAGCUGGAUGUUGCACUGGUCUUGUUCUAAGUUUUCCAGGUGCACCUCAGGCUCUACUACAGAGUUGUCUCACUUUUGGGGCAUUUUCAUUUAUCAUUGAAGGCCUUAACAAGCAACAACCAGCACUAGCCCAUUCAAGGGGUGUAACAAUCAAAGGCACUCCCGGUAGUACUGCACCUAGUCCCUUGGCUCUCCCUCUUUCCCUCCCACUUCCCAAUGAACUGAAAGGGGCCUUCUCUUUUUUCCAGGAGUCCCUGAGGAAACCUAAGAAGGUGAAUACUCCCCCGGCUAGCCUUUAAUUUGAGCAUUACAAUGUUGUUCUUUUAUGUUAUUUUGACAGUGCAGUUUGUAAAUUUUUAGUUAAAGCCAAACAUUGAAGUUGUUUACGGCAUGUAAGUUGUUCGUUAUCGGUUUUAUCGUCCCUGUAUGGAUUUUAUUGAGAUUCAACAAUAGUAAAACCAAAAUCCUUCUCUUUGUGCAUAUUGGAGCGCCCAUGAAUGAAUUAUUUGCUCCAUCCUGUGUUC